GAAAAAUUAUGUAUUCUAUUAAUUAUAUUCUGCAAUAAAAUGACGUGGUUUUUAUGAUAUAGACACAGCAUUACAAUGAGGAGAUCCCUUUUCUUCCAGACACCUCCAAGCCUCGGUCAGUGUUGCAGGAUGGUCAGUUACAUAGUGAUAGUGUGGACUAUACUUCUUGUCACAGCUUCAAACUGUAAAGCUCAGAUAUCGUGUGACCCACGAACAUUUUAUGAUUGCAAAUUAACUCCUAUUGAUUGCAUUUCAAAUACGGAUUGUAAGAAUAAAUGGCUUGGCACUGAGGGAUACGAAACAAGUCAAUGCUCUCCAUCUGACCAUAAAGGACUAUCUUGUAUAUUCUGGUGCGAAUUGGCUUUUUUGUUUAUUGGGGAAUAUCCUUCCCUGUGCAAGCAAGCUAAUGGUGGCAUAUUUUAACACAGGCUUUGGCUGUCAUUCCGAUGAAUGACUAUGAAAGCUAGUUAAUACCAGUGAAACCAGUGAAAUGAAAGUUUUCAAUACUCUCCGUGUCAAACUGUUUCUGAAUACCGAUAUCAAAUAGGACAACACUUUGUAGAUACAAACACAUUCCAUAUUUAUUACCAGACUAAACCAGAAACAUAAUGUUCAUCCUGGAAGAAGCACUUAUCAAGAGGACGCGAAAUUGAAAACAUUUACAAAUUCAAGUGUAGAUGGCACACCCAUCAUCUUAGACGCUGAGAAUCUACUUGGUGAAAUGGUACAACGCACUCAUGAAAUCAGAGUUAAAGAGUUAGUCUAUGUUUGUUCUAUGUUAGGAUUCAACAAACGUUUCCAGGGAAUGGCUGUUAAGGACGUGAAUUUUCCAAAUCACCUCGUCAUCCAGCAAGUUAUGGCCAUCAGGAUGGACACUCAACACAUUUCCGGCAACUCAUAUGCAUAUCACGUGCAAUUAAAUCAUUAAAGGAAUCACCAAAUGAAUAAGGCAAACAAAAAAGAACAUUAUCCAAAGAAAAAUGUUUAUCUUCGGCAACAGAAAUUGGAUUUAAUUACCACAACGUACAACGUACGAG